GAAAAAGUAUAGUGAGUGGAUGGAGUGAUGGCAAAAUCAGAGCAUUUUUCCUUCAAUCAGGGAGAUUGAUGUAUGUAAUCAACGACUCACAUAUUCAUGGAUGCACAUCUUUAACUUGUACAUCUGAUUGCUAAAGAAUAAUCUCAGGAGGAUCAGAAGGAGAAGUGAGAAAUAGACAAACAAACUUAAGUUAUGAAGUCAUCCAUGAAAGGACUCAGAGGAAGAGUCUGGUCAAUCCAAGUUAGAAGCAAUAAUCAAUAAGCUGUUAGUGCAAGUGCUGAUGGAUCUUGUACAUUUGGAGUUUAAAAUCAUUCGCCAGAGUUAUGUGUCUAUUCGAAAGUACUUUAUUUAAAAUGGUUCUUUACCAUCAUGAAGAAGGUUAAUUGCUAACAACAGGAAGUGAUAGAAAAGUAGAAUUUUGAUUAAUCUUGAGAUUUCUUCUUGG